AUGAAACGGUCUCUGGAGCAGCUGCUUGGCCCCGCAGACGAGAAAAAGUCCUCGCUCCAUCUGUACAGGGCAGCAUGUGUGCGCUGCCGUAAGAAAAAAAUGAAAUGCACCAGCGACCUGCCCCGUUGCGCUGGCUGCGCCAAAGCCAACGUCGAAUGCGUGUCCAUUGACCCGGUGACCGGCCGUGAGGUGCCGCGUUCGUACGUGGUGAGUCUCGAGUCUCGAGUGGAAGAAUUGGAGAACCGUCUGCGCAGUCUCGAGGGCGCCACGCCCGCAGAAGCUCCCGACUCGGCCUACUCCAACAGAUCCGACUCCUACAUCGACAACGUCCAGAACUCGACCGCCGCCUCGGGCUCAAAGGCGCCGCCCUCGUUCAUGGGUGCUUCCUCGGGCAUUCCGUUCUCCAAACUCAUGGUGACGGCCCUCAAUCUCCGGGGCCCCGACAGCUCGAGCCACAAGGUGCACACCUCGAACCAGUCCAUCAUGGACCCUUCUGUGCUGAAAAAAACGGUUGCCGGGUCGAACAUCGCGCUUUUGCCGCCGAAACAGCAGGCUCUUAGCCUGCUGUCUGUCUAUUUUGCGCAGUCGAACGCCCAGCUCCCGAUUUUCCACAGAGAAGAGUUCCUGGCACGCUAUUUCCAGCCCAUCUACGGCGACGUCCCGCUCGACGUCUCGUUCGCCUCGACCUACACCGCCAUUAAUCCGCAGUUCUUUGCGCCGCACAGAGAGGAAGACACCUGGUACUACCAGUACACGCGGAUCCUCGACCAAGAGGUGGAAAAAAACAAAAAUGCCGACCUCGUCCAGGUCGCCAACUCCAUCGACGUGCCUGCGCAGUUUCACGUCCCGCUGUUUUUCAUGAACAUGGUGUUUGCCAUCUCGUCGUCUGUCACACUCCUCAAGUACCCGGACCAUAUUUCCGAUAACUUCAAGAACGCGGCCAUGCUGUACAUCGACUCCGUCUACGGCUCCCACGACCGGCUCGAGGCACUUCAGGGCAUUCUGUGUUUUGCGCUGUACUCCUUGAUGAGGCCUGCCGUCCCUGGUAUCUGGUAUAUCCUGGGAUCGGCGCUGCGUGUCUGUGUCGACCUUGGCCUCCAUUUCGAGGGUGACUACAAGUUCGACGCAUUCACGCUUGAUUUGCGUCGCAGACUCUUCUGGUGCUGCUACUCGCUCGACAGACAGGUGUGUUUCUAUCUCGGAAGGCCGUUCGGCAUUCCCGAAGAGAGCUGCUCCGUGCCAUUUCCGAGCGAGCUCGACGACGCGUUCAUCACCAGAAACGCCGCCGUGGCCGACUUCUCUGCCAAAACGUCCACCAUGCCGACCUACAAGCUCGUGUCGCUGUCGAUGUUCCGCAUCAGGCGACUCCAGUCCGAGGUGCAGAGCAUUUUGUACGACAAACGAGAGCUGCCUCGUCGUUUCGCCAGUCUGGAAGACUGGCACGCAGACAUCACCCGCAGACUCGACCAAUGGAAGGCCGACACGCCCAAGAGCCCGCGCAAGAUGAAUUGCGACUUUAUCCACGAAUUCUUCAUCCUCAACUACAGCCACACCAAGGUGAUUCUCAACGGCCUGUCGCCGCGAAGUUUUUCGCUCACGCUCGAAAAUUACAUCAACGUGCUCGAGGCCUCUAAGGAUAUUAUUUAUUCGUAUUAUGAGCUGUACCAGAGCCAGGUGAUCAAUUACACGUGGGCAGCCACGCACAACCUAUUUAUGGCUGGAUCGUCGUUUUUGUACGCCAUCUUCAAUUGCGAAGAGGCCAAAAAGCGCAUCUCCGUGGAAGAGCUACAGACGGCGGCCAUGUACUGCAGUAUCGUGCUGUCAGGGCUUUCUGGCAAGUGCGAGGCCGCAGUGCAAUGCCGCGACAUUUUCGAUCUUCUCACGGCAGCAGUUAUCCGCAUUAGAUACGCCAACUUCGUCGACCCAGUAGACGUCAGCCUGCCAUCCACAGAGCAGAUCAAACAGUUCCAGCCAGGCAACCACGUGAACGAGCACCUCAAGGACUUGGUCUCCAGUCUUCCCGCCACAAUGCGCAGCAUGGGAAGCAACCCGGAUUUUGCAGCUCCAGCAUCAAAGCCGUACGAGCCAACCACCAACGAGUCGGAGCUGACGACUUUCUUCGAGGAACUCAACAAGCUGGAGUCCAUGCCGUCCAGCAGAUCGCCCAGCGACAUCCAUUCGCCCGCCAAAGCGGCGCGCUUGGGCCCUUCGGGCGAGUCGCCGCUCCACCUGAGGUCUCCGUCAGAUAUGGCAUACGACCAGAACGUCGACCGCAGACUGUCCAAAGAGGGCCAGAAAAUCUAUAAGAUGAUAUUCCAAGUGCCGACAGAGAGCAUCUGGGAACAGUUUUUCGCCAACCCGGGUGUCGAUCAAUGA